AUGUGUACCGGAAAAUGUUCCCGUUUCAUCGCCGUUACUCUGUACCCAUUAGCAGUCAUUUCUAUCAUCUGUAACAUAGUGUUGUUCUUUCCUGACGGGGAUAUCAAGUAUGCCAAAGAUGGACACAUUACUGAGGAGGUGAAGUACAUGGGGGGACUCGUUGGAGGGGGUAUAAUGGUGUUGCUCCCAGCACUUUACAUCCACCUGACUGGACAAGAGGGGUGCUGUGGGAAUCGCUGUGGGAUGUUCUUAUCAAUUGCCUUUGCUGCAGUGGGUGUGGCUGGUGCCCUGUACAGUUUCAUUGUGGCUGUGCUCGGUCUGAACAACGGGCCCCUCUGCAAAGUCCUCCUGAUUUGGACGACACCUUUUAAAAACAGUGACAGGAAUUACCUGACUGACGACACGUGGUGGGGAACAUGCACAGAGCCCAAGAACAUUGUGCAGUUCAACAUUGGAUUGUUUGCCACUCUGCUGGCUACGAGCAUCCUGCAGGUGAUUCUCUGUGCCAUCCAGAUGAUCAAUGGACUCUUUGGAUGUUUGUGUGGAACCUGCAGCAACAAAGGGGUAGUGUGAGUUCCUGACAGUUGAUUGGCGCCCUCUGCUGGUAGACUCGGAGUAGCGUUUCUCGUUGUAUCUGCAUAAACCGUUCGCUUGCUGUCUCUAUUUGGCAGAUUUUUGUAAUUUUUAUGUGUAUGUCGUAACACUUAACUCACUAUAGUAAGACACAGAAAUGUUUGCAUUAAGCAGAACAUGCAUUAUGUUUGUCAUUUUACCGUCAUAUCAGCCUUUUGGUUUGUUCUAUUUUCCAAUUAAACAUGAGGAGGAAGCCAGUAAAAUAAAACACAGGACACAGUUACUCUUCAGUGACUUUAAUGUGGGCUGUACGCUCAGUAUCCAGAUUGAUAUCUAUACAAAUGUUUCAGUGUCAUCUACAAUUGUUAGCUUUGCAAAAUAUCUACAAUUCUCAUUUAACAUUAAAGGAAUAUGACUGAGAA